AUGGCGUUCUCGAGAAAAUCUGCGUUUAUGGAGCCUUCUCUUGGCGGAACAGUCGACGUGACGCAGCUGGCAGCGCAGCGGGAGCAGCAGAUGGUGCAGCGGUGGCAGUGGCAGCGGGAGCAGGAGGGGCCGUUGGAAAAGGUGGUGGGUGGGGUGCUGAAUCGCCUGCUGCCAGACGCACCUGCCAUGGCCGCCCGGGCUGACAUUGUUGCAGCGCGUCAAAAUAUUUACCUCCCGUCCUCCCUUCCGUCGCCCACCCAUCCACGCCUUCCUUUAUCAGCCGGGCGUCUGAUUCCCUUUGGCUCAUACGAGAUGGGUUUAUCAUCCAACACAUCAGACCUCGAUCUGUCGCUGGAGGUUUCUCCGCCGCCAUCUCUCGCCCCCUCGUUUGCUGCGGGCAUGAUGGCCGAACCUCGGACGAGGGACGCCAAGAUAGCUGUGUUGCGCCGUGUGGCUGCAGUGAUUCGGAGAAUGGAAAGAGGGGGGCAAGUGGAGCGGGUGGAGGUAGUGUUUCGGGCGAUCGUACCGGUGGUGAAGUUUGUGCACUCGCGCUCACUCGUGGAGUGCGACAUUUCAGUUGCCAACCGUGACGGCGUCUUCAAGUCCCGCUUCAUCCGCUUCGUCUCGUCGAUUGACCCGCGCUUCAGACACCUCUGCUUCCUUGUGAAGGCGUGGGCCCGCAAUGAGGCCAUCAACGACCCUCGCAACGGCACCCUCAACUCCCUUGCGCUCAUCCUCCUCUGCGCUCUGCACCUCCAGACUCGCUCACCCCCAAUCCUGCCCCCUUUCAAGGACCUCAUGGGCCAUUUCCCAGAGCCUCUAUCCAGUGGGCGUGACGCUGUUCCCUUGCCAGAGCAAGAGCUAAUGGAUCGGCUGGCACACGCGGAGAGCAGGGCAGCACAGCUGGCAGAGCAGGGCUAUGGGAGGAGGAACACAGCGUCUCUGCCGCACCUGCUAGCUUCCUUCUUUGUUCAGAUGGCAGCACAGGAGGACCUCUGGGCGCACAUGCUAUGUGCCAGUGUGUACGAGGGCAGGUGGAUACCCCGGGACUUCCCUCAGGAGAAUCAUGUCACCGUCAUGGCUAUAGAGGACUUUUACCACCGCGCGUCCAACUGUGCGCGCACUGUGCGUCCCAAGGAGUUCACCAUCAUCUCAGCAGCCUUCUCCCGCGCUGCUCAUGCGGUCAUGGACGCUCCAUGCCCCCCCCUUUCCCUCUCCUCCGCCUCCUCUCUCGUCGACCUCCUCUUCGGAUUCUCCCCGGUUGAUCUGGAGGAUUCGGAUUACCAUCGCUCGGCCAACAUGCACCGGAGUGACAACCACCAUGUCCCUGCCGCUGCCACUGCUGCGCCUCUACAAGGCGCAUGGGCAAUGCGUCAUGCACCAAUCACCGCAGCCGAUACACUCGACAGUAGCAGCAAGUUGCGACUGAGAAGCAACUAUGCGGUGUUGACAACAAGGUGA